GAAAUACUAUCCCCCGGAUUUUGAUCCGUCGAAGAUUCCCCGCAUGAAACUGGCGAAGAACCGCCAGUACACUGUGCGCUUGAUGGCUCCCUUCAAUAUGCGAUGCAUUACUUGCGGCGAGUAUAUCUACAAGGGAAUAAAAUUCAACGCUCGGAAAGAAGAUGUUGAAAAUGAAGACUAUUUGGGAAGUGGAAUUUACAGGUUUUAUAUUAAAUGUACCAGAUGCCUACAAGAGAUAUCAUUCAAGACGGACCCAAAGAACACGGACUAUGAGAUUGAGACGGGAGCAACAAGGAACUUCAUGGCACUGAAGCUUGCUGAAGAGCAGGCCAAGCGGGAUGAGGAGGAGCAAAAAGAAGAAGAGGCCAAUAAUCCUAUGAAAUUAUUAGCGCCCAUAACGUUGCGAGCGCUAAGCAGCGCUGCCAUGAUGCACGGUCCCAAUAAUCCAAACCCAGGUUGUGAGGGUUCACUAAUAAAACGACGAAGCACUUCGAGAAAAGGGCUGCCGGUUGCGGUAACAGCUAAGAGGAAGGGUAGUUCCCACAGCGUGCCGGCGCCAAGGAAAAAUUCUUAUAUCAUUGAACCAUCAGGCUCCACUGGACAAUCCACCGUUUCAUCAGAAGACAUACCUGCAAAAGACCCUGUAUACUCUGAAGCUAUCAAAACUAAACCUUUGGAUGAAAAUGUUAAGCUGAACCAAGAAACUGCAUUACCUGAGGUUGCUAAAUCAGAAGGUGGACUUGAAGAUAAACGGGAAGAGUUUUUAAAAUUUCGAAAGCAAUUUAUUCAACAACAGAAAGAGUACAUCGAUCGAUACACCGAAUUGCGUGACAUGGAGGAAAUGUCUGGCAUGCCCAAUUCGCUACCAAUCGGAGAGGUGCGCAUGCUGUCCGUCACAAACUGGCCGGCCCAUGACCUGCUGCUCAUGAGUCUCAUGACCGACACCUCAUCCACGCAGCCCCCGACCGAUAUGAAAGGAGUCCUCGGGCCUAAGGUAUGCCAGCAGCUAACUGCUCAACUUUAUGAGAUACGCGAUGAAGUGAUAGCCAUGGGUACCGAGAUGACGAGGCGACGCUUGGAUAUAUUGAAAUUUGUACGCGCUAUACAACGCAACGAGAACAGGGUGUUUGUUUACGAAGGUCAGAAUAUAGUGUGGCAAAUUAAGAACACCGAAUUGGAUGAAGAAACUAAAAAGCUACGACAACUCGUUUUAAAAACGGUUAAAAAUAUAGAAUCUAAACUAACUCAGAGCAUAGACGUUGCCAAAAAGCCAUGGAUGGAGAGGGACAGUCUGUUAAAAAAAAUAGAAUGUUUACAAAAAGAGCUUUCUAUACUCAAGAAAAGUAAACAAAACGAGAAGAUGGAAGAUACCAUCAGCGAUAACAAGAAAAUUUUAGAGGAUUUACAUCGAGAGCAAGGUUAUUGUGCUAAAAUGAAAGAGAUGCUGGCAGCAGCGGAAGAGAGGGCCACGAAGGCGCGCGCGCGCUGUGCUGAGCUCGAGCACCAACACAGCGCCAUCACAAGCCGUCCCACCAAGUGGGCCAGACAAUCGCAUAAUAGUUCUUAUGGAGUAAGGCAUGACUCCCAUGUAAAGAAAUCAGAGCCUCAUAAGAAUGAAGCAAUUGUUGAAGCGUUAUCUAAGCAACGCGAUGCACUGCAGUUAAAAGUGAAUGAACUUCAAGAAAGUGCCACAGUAUUAAUGCAGGAGGCUGAGAAGCGAGAAACUGAGCUAACGUCUCUACUGUCGAAGCUAGAGGAUCAGGAGCAAAGAACGGAAUCAUCGGAAACAGUGGCCCAGGAUACAGAAAAACGUUUAAAAGAUGUACAGGAGCAAUAUAAAUUGUUGGAAGAACGUUGCCAUGCUUUGGUUGAAGCACAGCACAUGAAAUGUCUGGAAUACUUGCCUCGGAAAGUUCCAUGUUCAUGUCAAGAGUUAGACAUUCUAUGUGACCUGCAAGCAAAUAAGAACGCUCUAGGGCGCGUCAUUAAAGACCCGGAGCUCAGUGGUGCGGACAAGAAAGGCUUGAAUCGACUUGAAAACGAGAAGGCCGAGGAGUUGCAAACCGAAGAACAAACAAUUGCAAACUUGCAGAACACAAUUGAAGAACUUACAGAAAAUAAGAAAAUAAUGGAAGAACAGCUGACAUGCUAUAAGAAACAGAUCUCCGCUCUUCUGACGGAAGUCAGUGUGCUACGUAGUUUUAACGGUUAUAAAUUCUGCGAUCAGGAUACUCCCCAAGAAGAACUGGAAAGCCAAGUUUUCGAGCUAUGCUUGCAAGUGGAGCGGCUGCAGCGCGAGCGUGAGGCGCUGGCAUCGGAAGCGACGGCGCGCACGCUGCUACUGGAGCGGCACGAGCGCUGCGCGGAACUGUUCGCACACGUCACGCGUGCGAGACGCGAGCUCGCCGCGCAACUCGCAGAUACCGUUAAUACUACGACAUCCGUGCCAUACGAAGUGGGCAAUAGCAAGAUGUCAAAUCUGAUCUCAAAUACGUACCAGAGUAGCGCGAACACCUGGUCUGCGCUGCGCGUCGAGCGCGCCCGCGUGCUGCGUCUCGAGGGCGUCGUGCACGCGCAAGCGCAGCAACUAGAGCGCGAGAGCGCCGUGCGCAUCAAGCAGGACCGCCGGCGCGCGCAACUCGAGCGGGAACUCCUACGAACCUGGGCCACCGGCUCCCAAAGCAGCCAGCUUCAAGAAACACCUUCAAGGAAGCUGACACACUAACCCCCGAUUCCUUACCGGCCAUACCGAAGGAGUAAAGGGGCUCACAGAUUACCAGUUCGCCGGACGAUAUCAGCCUGUCAGUUGGUCGGAGCUGUCAAAUUUGAUAGGCCGAUAUCGUCCGGCGGACUGGUAAUCAGUGGGUCCCUUAAGCCCCCAUACGCACGAGAGCUUUUUCAACGCGUGUUAAAAAAGCGCUUGAAUCCGUCCACACGCUAAAUUCGACUUAACGAUCAACGCUUAAAGUCGAAAAUCCAACAACGCUUGAUAAAAACCGCCACCGCCAUCGUGUGAACAAAUAGACAUGUUUCCAUUUGUGUCAUUCAAACGCUUUUUUAAUGCGCGUUGAAAAAGCGCUCGUGCGAAUGAGGGCUAACGCGUCUAUCGCAACACGUUUUCGACGAUAGACGGCGCGAUUCGGGAAAUGAAUUAGAGAUUCAAUAGAUAGGUAUGAAAUAGUAAAGAUAUGAUACGUUCAAAAGGUACCUUAUGGCGGUUGGCGCUUACGCUAUUAUUAACGCCGCUCCAAUAUUAUUGCGGCCGCCAUAAGGUACCUUUUGCCGUGGAACGUCACAUAUCUUUACUAUUUCAUAUCUAGUGAAUCUCUAAUUCAUUUCCCGAAUCGCGCCGAUUAUCAUAAUGUCUUCGCGUAAAGCCCCCUCCAGACUAUGCCCGUCUGUCUGCGAAAAUCGACUCCACACUCGCGUACGCGGCUUCGCGCCGCGAUUCGUGCACGAGUGUGGAGGGGGCUUAAUUUAGAACAUGGUGUGGUCGUCGGUCUUUUCCGCGUUCAAUAGGUACCUAUAUGUUUCGUAAAUUUAUGUAGCGUCCGUGUUACUUAAUUUAUGGUUUUCCACAAGUAAAAUAUCAAAAUUAAUCUAAGUCUAUGUUUGAAAUA